AUGGGGGAGAAUGAAGAAGAAGUACAGGAAGAAGAAGAAGCUUGUCGUUCGACCAGCACGCAUCCUCGGACGGCUCCACUUUUGCACGCCCUGGGCUCUGCCGACGACGACCCCAGCGAAAGUCGGACGUCGCCGUCGGCUUCGCUUCGGCAGACGACCAACCGCACGCGCCUGCGAAGCAUUGCGCGGCUCCUGUCGCAGCCGGCAGCAGAAGAGGCGACGGCGGUGCCUGACGUGGCCUACGAUCCCGGCGUGGGGGGUGCGUCGUCGAGCAGCGAGGUCCACCACAGUUACAAGGUGCGAUCGCGCAUUCCGCGGCCUCCAAACGCCUCGAUGCUGGUCGCAGACGGAAAGAGGCGAUCGGUGGCCGCUGAGAACCCGAACGAGAACAACCAGCGUGUGAGCAGCCGCCCGGGCAAGCUGUGGCGUUCUCUCAGCGUCGCCGACAAGGAGCCUCGCCAGCGCAAGGCGGCCGCAGCUGCCGCCGUCCACAGAAGGAAGUAUCCGGGAUACGUGUACAAUCCGCGUGAGGCCAAGCGGUGCAAGAGGCAGGCGCGCAGGACCAAGGCGACUGCCAGAAAGCUGAAGAAUGGCACUUCCAGGGACAAGCAGAAGCAGCCGAGCAUUUCCACGGCCGUGGCCCAGGGUCGAGGCUCCCCGGAGUUCCAGCAGCAGCAACAUCCGCCGCCGCCGUUGCCGCCGCAAGGGAAUCAGCCACGCGCAACCAGCGCUGCCCGGGGCAGCAAUUCGGGCGCUGGUCAGGCAAUGCCUCUCCCUAGGCUGUCGGCCACUCGCACGGCCACGGCGUCGGCUCGCUCGGCUGCGCGGCCCUACAGCGUGCACCGGUUCCCCGGUCCUCUGCCACCAUCAGCGCGAGGGGCCAACAGAGAAAACGCCGUGCCCACCGAUCAGUUGACGGCUGCUCGUGCAUUCAAACAGCGUGAAACGCAGAAUGACGUAACAACGCUUGAUAAUCAGCGACACCCCCGCUCCUGGGCGACGAAUGCGACUCGUCUGCGGGCACGUCGUCGUUCGACCAGGGCGGAAUCCGGGAGACCCAAGGCUCUGCAGACGGCGCCCCAGGCCAAGGUCAGCCAUCGUCGUCGGCUGCUGGCUGCACCACAGUAUAGCACCGCAAGCACGCGCCUGCCAGGCGUUCGGCGCCAGCUACAAAAGAACGGGUAUCGGCUGCAGAAGAUUGUGCCGUCCUUUUCCGCAUUGUAGCGAUUAGUGUGAGGAUGCAGGUUUGCGCCGAAAGUUUAUAAGUUCUUUUAAUUAUGUCAAAGUAAAAAAAUGUGAUGCAA